GUUUGGGUUGCGUGGGUGUUGCCCCUCCACCUUUUCGCGACGUCUCCGAGUCCAAUUGCAUGACGAAACAGCCGCGGAACAGUUGCGUCGCUCUUUGAUUAGCUGGAAAAGCGGGAAAAAUCCAUAAAUUGAUUGCGGAAAACUAAAGAAACAAUAGUGAAAUGCUGCUGCCGACGGUUAGCAGCGCAUCAGGCGCAGGAUGCAAGUGGAAAAACUGCUGUCGCCGCAGCUGGGAGAUGCUAAUGGCACCCGUAUCGCCCAAGAACCUCAGGACCACGGCCCUGCUGACCAGCAUCUACCAGUUGUUGAUCUCGCACUGCGCCCUGUUCCUGGUGCUCUUGGGACUGGCUCAUGCCGAACAGAUGUGCGAGGUCUUGGAGCUGGACAUCCUGGACCAGAAGGACAAUGGCUUCUACAACAUGUCGCCCUUCCACAACGAUCUUCGCCUGCAAACUGCUACCCAAUUGGCCGUCGCCACGGAGAAUCUUCUCUACGUGAUGGCCGGAAUCGCGGGAACCUACGCCCUGAGUACCAUAUCCCUGUUUUUCGGAGUCCUCAAGAAUCGACCGGGCCUAAUCAUUCCCUGGCUGGUCGUGGAGUUCCUCUUGAUGAUUGGUUUGGGGGCACUGGUCUUCAUGCUGAGGGAUACGAAAAUCGUGCAAUUGCUGGGUGGUCAAGUGCCCUACUUUAUCAUUUGCUACAUCUUGAUCUGCAUGGACUACUGCAAGUGGUAUGUAAUGCAUAGCUUCUACCAGAGUCUACGAACCAUGAACAAGCUGCGGGAGAUUGCCACCGUGGCCAUACCUUGCCCAGCUCCAGGAGCCAUACCCUAUCGUUUUCAACGCGAGCACAUGUAUCUGGGCAGCAAUGGAUAUAAACACAUUCUAACCGAGUCUCCCGAUGGACAGUGUUAAAUGAGUACUCAAAGAUUGGAUAUAUUUGGAACUUCCCAUCAGGUGUCUUGAUUGCAAUUGCACUACAGAUUCUGUAUUGCAAAACAGAGUGUGAUAUGGUUAUAGUAGAGAUACUAUUUUAUAUAGCCACGGAUAUGGAGCGGCUUGUUAGAAAGGCAAAAUCGGUUCAAAGCGGUCGGUAAAACAAAAACUAUUUUUGUGUAGAAAUAGCUCUCAAAGCACCUAAAAUGAAUUAAACAAAAAUAAUUAUUAGUCACCAACACGACUCGAACUCGGAACUUCCAAGCAAAGAUCGCACCUUCUAGCCUCUAGGCUACGGCAGCGGAACUUUCGCGAAAGCCGAGAUUGAUUAAAAACCAAAAUCUUCUCUUAUAUAAAUUGGCGUUCAAAUAAUAGCAACGAAGUUUAAGCUCAGAUUCUCUGUAGAGUUACAACUAUUGUACUAUAAUAUGCCUUAAAUUAUGUUGACUAGCAAUAUUUUAAGUAUUUCCAUUUGGUAGCACAGAACGAAAUAAGUAUGAAUAUCAAAUAA